AUGGAAAAUCAAACCAUUGCCAUAGAAUUUAUUCUCUUGGGACUUUCAAGUGAUCCACAAGUACAGAUCUUUCUCUUUUUUUUAUUCCUAAUAAUAUAUGCUACAACAUUCAUUGGAAACUCUGUCAUCAUUUUCGUAGUCAAGACUGAGAUGAGACUUCACACCCCCAUGUUCUUCUUUCUCAGUCAUCUCGCCUUCGUUGACAUUUGCUAUUCCUCCGUCACUGUCCCAAAGAUGCUGGAAAAUUUUGUAGCCAACAAGAAAUCCAUUUCUCUGGUGGGUUGCAUCACACAGAUUUUCUUCUUUAUUCAGUUUGUUGUUGUUGAAAUGUUUCUGCUUUCAGCAAUGGCGUAUGACAGAUACGUUGCUAUAUGUGACCCACUCCAUUAUUCCAUCAUUAUGACAAAGCCAAUGUGUUGGAAAUUGGUGGGUGGAAUCUGGGUCCUUGGUUUCCUUGACGUGAUGCUCAAUGGAUUGCCUUUAAUCGGUCUGAAUUUCUGUGGACAUAAUCUAAUUAGACACUACACCUGUGAACUCCCUGCAGUUCUGAGCUUGUCUUGUAGUGAAACUUCCCUCAAUUACAAGCUGUUACUUGCUUCUUGUUUCCUCUUUGGUUUCAUCUCCUUCUUCCUUAUCCUUAUAUCUUAUAUUUAUAUUAUUUCAGCUAUCCUCAAGAUUCAGUCAACAAAAAGCAGGAGCAAAACUUUCUGUACUUGUAGCUCUCACCUCAUUGUGGUCUGCAUCUUUUAUCUUUCAGCUUUCUCCGUAUAUUUGCAGCCGCACUCUAAAUCCUUCGCAGACAUUGACAAAGUGAGCUCUAUUCAGUAUUUGAUUUUAGGUCCUCUGCUAAACCCCAUCAUAUAUAGUCUAAAAAGCAAAGAACUGAAAAUUCUUUUGUUGAAAAAGUUUGAAACACGUAAGUAA